AAAUAAAUAAAUAAAAGUCGCUCAAAUCAGAGUGGGAAGAUGAAGAAGUAAGAACCGAAAGAAACCCUAGAGACAGCUUCAAUUCGCGCACGCCGCACGGCUUGAGGGAGGGGUGAGGCUUCGCCAGACUCCACGCUCCAGAUCGCCCUAGCCUUCGCCUUCACGGUUUUCAGGGCUGAAGCUUCACCAGUAAUCACCGAAGAGAGAGCUUCACUUUGGGUGUUUGCUGUUCGCAACCUUGUGUCGUCGUCGAUCUUCGUCUACGGCACAGCAGGCCUACAUCUACCCCUACACAACGGAGGCGGCAGACCGCCAGUCGCCUGAUCGCAGCUCCGCAGCCAACGCACCACUUAUUCCGGUGAAGAGUUGCUGCAAUGGGAAAGAAGAAAACGGAGGCUGGUACAACAACGAAGGUUAGGCCAAGCAGUAAAGAUGCUUCCAAGGAUGGGAAAAAGGAAAAACUCUCCGUCUCUGCCAUGCUUGCUAGCAUGGACCAGAAACCUGAUAAAGUUAAGAAAGGAUCUUCCUCUGCAAGCACUACCUCUACUAAGCCAAAGGCAAAGUCAACUCCAAAACUUUCAUCAUACACUGAUGGCAUUGAUCUUCCCCCUUCUGAUGAUGAUGAAGAAGAUUAUGUUUCCUCUGAAGAAGGGCAGCAACAAAGUGAUGUCCAUAAACGAUCCAAUCAGCAGCACAGGGCUGAUGUAAAGCCCCUUGAAAUCUCCUUGACAGACAAAGAGACGAAGAAACGAGAAAAGAAGGACCUGCUUGCUGCCCAUGCUGCUGAGAUGGCAAAGCAGGAGGCACUUAAGGAUGACCAUGAUGCUUUUACUGUUGUUAUUGGUAGCCGAGCUUCAGUUCUUGAUGGGGAGGAUGAUGCUGAUGCUAAUAUCAAAGAUAUAACAAUAGAUAAUUUCUCUGUGUCAGCUCGCGGAAAAGAACUCCUAAAGAAUGCAUCAGUUAAGAUUUCUCAUGGAAAGAGGUAUGGUUUGGUUGGACCUAAUGGUAUGGGCAAGUCUACACUAUUGAAGCUUCUUGCUUGGAGGAAGAUUCCAGUGCCAAGGAAUAUUGAUGUCCUUUUAGUUGAGCAAGAAGUUGUUGGUGAUGAUAGAACUGCCCUUGAAGCAGUUGUUUCGGCAAAUGAAGAACUUGUAAAGCUCCGACGAGAGGUUGCCUCUUUGCAGAAUUCUUCUCUUACCGAGGAUGAGGGCAAAGAUGAGGAUGAGGGGGAUGAUGCUGGUGAGAAGCUGGCUGAACUGUAUGAGAAACUGCAGAUUAUGGGAUCGGAUGCAGCUGAGGCUCAGGCAUCCAAGAUUCUUAAUGGGUUGGGUUUCACUAAGGAUAUGCAGGGCCGUGCUACUCGCUCAUUUAGUGGUGGCUGGAGGAUGAGAAUUUCACUGGCUAGGGCACUUUUUGUGCAGCCAACACUUCUAUUGCUGGAUGAACCCACCAACCAUCUUGACCUUAGAGCUGUUCUCUGGUUGGAAGAGUACUUGUGCCGUUGGAAGAAAACUCUUGUUGUCGUUUCACAUGAUCGUGACUUUCUUAACGCAGUCUCCAAUGAGAUAAUUCAUCUCCAUGACCUGAAACUCCACAUCUACCGAGGGAAUUUUGAUGAUUUUGAAAGCGGGUAUGAGCAACGUCGCAAAGAAAUGAACAAGAAGUUUGAGAUUUACGAAAAACAGUUGAAAGCUGCCAAGAGAACUGGUAAUAGAGCUCAGCAGGAGAAGGUCAAGGAUCGGGCAAAGUUUGUUGCAGCCAAGGAAGCAUCAAAGAACAAAGCUAAAGGCAAGGUCGAUGAAGAUGAGGCCCCACCAGAGGCCCCAAAGAAGUGGAGAGAUUACAGUGUGGAAUUUCACUUCCCUGAACCUACUGAGCUGACACCGCCACUCUUGCAGCUUAUUGAAGUCAGCUUUAGUUAUCCAAACCGGGAGGAUUUUAGAUUGUCAAAUGUUGAUGUGGGAAUUGAUAUGGGGACCCGUGUUGCUAUUGUUGGCCCCAAUGGAGCUGGGAAAUCUACCCUGCUUAAUCUUCUUGCUGGUGAUUUGGUUCCAACAGAGGGUGAAGUACGAAGAAGUCAGAAGUUAAGGAUUGGAAGGUACUCGCAGCAUUUUGUAGACCUGUUGACAAUGGAGGAAACACCUGUUCAAUAUCUUCUUCGUCUUCAUCCAGACCAAGAGGGACUCAGUAAGCAGGAGGCUGUCCGUGCAAAGCUUGGGAAAUUCGGACUUCCCAGCCACAACCACCUCACUCCUAUAGCAAAGUUAUCAGGAGGACAAAAGGCCCGAGUUGUCUUCACUUCAAUCUCCAUGUCAAAGCCCCACAUUUUGCUAUUGGAUGAGCCCACAAAUCAUUUGGACAUGCAAAGCAUUGAUGCACUGGCUGAUGCGCUCGAUGAAUUCACUGGGGGAGUUGUGCUGGUCAGUCAUGAUUCCAGGCUAAUAUCACGUGUUUGUGAGGAUGAAGAGAGGAGUGAAAUCUGGGUGGUGGAAAAUGGAACGGUAGUUUCUUUCCCAGGGACAUUUGAAGAGUACAAGGAGGAGCUGCAGAGGGAAAUUAAAGCAGAAGUUGAUGAUUGAGUACCACUCAUGAUAUAGGUAUUUGUUCCGAGCUCUUCCUAUAUUAGCUGUUGUUAUAUCCGGCUUGGUAGAAAAUAGCAUGCUUCUUAUGUUUCUUUCCUGGGGACAUUUGAAGAGUACAAGGAGGAGCUGCAGAGGGAAAUUAAAGCAGAAGUUGAUGAUUGAGUACCACUCAUGAUAUAGGUAUUUGUUGCUCCCAUAAAAGACACUGAGCUCUUCCUACAUUAGCUGUUGUUAUAUCCGGCUUGGUAGAAAAUAGCAUGCUUCUUAUGUUUCUUUUCUGGGGACAUUUGAAGAGUACAAGGAGGAGCUGCAGAGGGAAAUUAAAGCAGAAGUUGAUGAUUGAGUACCACUCAUGAUAUAGGUAUUUGAAGGCUCCAAUAAAGACACUGAGCUCUUCCUAUAUUAGCUGUUGUUAUAUCCGGCUUGGUAGAAAAUAGCAUGCUUCUUAUGUUCUGAGUGUAAUUAUCUGUGUUGCGGAGAUCUUUUCUUUGCUUUGAGUUCCUUUUUUGUCUCUUGUGUUGUUUUUUAAUAUUUGGAUCAUAUGACUGAAAUUAUUCAUCAUAAAAAAAUAGAAUAAAGAUUAGUUUUGUACAUUGCAA